ACGCACGUGACCGGAAAUGGAAACAUUAGCCAUUUGCUAGUUUCGUUAUGUCGCCGCAGCGUAGAACUACUUUAAACUUUUUUUUAUCUGACACUCUUCAUCUGCGGGAGUCCUUACUCCACAUUUAGGGUUAUUAGGUGUUUUAGCUACCAUAUGGACUAAUGUUAGGGGAUUCCUUUUAAAGCUAGCUGGGCCCGUUCUACCACAAAGGCUGAAGUUGUCAAGCUGAUCUCUGGGUGUUGUUGACGUUUCCUCUUCCGCAUGCAGUCUGGUACUAAUCCUAGUCGGCACCAGUACUGCAUUCCCAAGACAUCAACUUUUAAAGCUGAGCCAAUAAUUACACCAGGACAAAAACUGCCAGCCAGGGUGUGUCAGGAGCUGCUCCCUUCUACGGCGAGCGGGAUGGGCCAGACUCGCUCCACUCCCUCGCACGGCACCAUUACCCCCGGCGGAGCGCUGCGGAGAGCAAGCCCGGCGACCCGCUCGCUCGACAGCCGCAGAUUGGGGAGCGGGAGGAAGCGUCGACCUCUCCGGCUACACGGGAACCCCAUGAAAAAACAAGCCUUGUCGUGUUUGGGAAGGAGAAAACGAGACUCCAGCCCGACGAGAGAAGAGCAGAACUGCGGGAAGACAGCCGAAGAAGCAGCCGAACACAGAGAGGGAAAGUUAGCCAGAGACGAGGCUGUGCCCGCGGCAGAGGAGCAGCGGGGCGCCGCGGGUUGGCUUUUGGAGGGCCGAGAUGCAAGCAGUCAAGCGGGUGUUGGUGCGUCCCAUGUGUUAGGCAUUGAAAGGCGGAGUGGCGAAGAUAGAGCUGCGGGCUUCCAGGAGACGAUAGCCGGGCAGGGGGACCAUGCAUCGGACGCCAUGGAAGAUAGAGCUGCGGUCUUCCAGGAGACGAUAGCCGGGCAGGGGGACCAUGCAUCGGUCGCCAUGGAAGAGGAGCAGCUGCGGGGAAGCAGCCUGCAUUGUAUGGGAGGGCUGAGCGGGACUGGGGUGGACACUUCGCGGACUUGUUCGAGCUUCGAUGCGGUUGUGGACAGCGGGGUGUUGGAAGGGGACGAUUCGAUGAAAAGUGGCGAAGACGGAAACACUGUGGCGGAUAUCGGAAUGCAAAUCGACACCGAUGAGCCUCCUCGUAUUAGAACUUUCCCCGGGACCAUACCGAAACUAAUCAUCACGCGGGACCCCAGCCCCAGUCGGACCCAGGAGUCACCCAACCAGCUCACCUUCCGCAGCGGGUCCUCCUUUGAGCUCCACCCGGACGACGAGUCUCCCUGCUCCGACAGCGGCUGCGGAGGCUCCCCGUUUCUCAUGCGGUCCCCGAGGAAACUGUCCAACUCUUCUUCCAUCGGCCUGUCUUCGCUCUCAUCCUUUGAGGAGUCCGAGGACGACUACACCGGCAGCGACAUCGAGUCCAGCCUCUCCCCGACCGGGUCGUCGUGUAACCCGGACGAUGGCUCUGCGAAUAAACCCUGGCAGAAGUUGAAGACCAUGGUGCACUGGUCCCCCUUCGUCGUGUCUUUCAAGAAGCGCUACCCGUGGGUGCAGCUCGCCGGCCAUGCAGGUAACUUCCAGGCCGGGGAGUAUGGUCGCCUGUUAAAGCGGUACUGUGAGUGUGAGCAGCAGUGCCUGCAGAAGUUGAUGAAGGACACGCUGCGGCCAUAUGUGCCUGGUUAUUACGGCGUGGUGCAGAGAGAUGAGCAGGACUAUAACCUCAUGGAUGAUCUGCUGGCUGAUUUCGACUUGCCCUCCAUCAUGGACUGUAAGAUGGGCAGCAGGACCUAUCUGGAGGAGGAGCUGAUGAAAGCGAGACAGCGUCCACGUUUGAGACAGGACAUGUACGAGAAGAUGGUCGCUGUGGACCCCGGGGCGCCCACAGUGGAGGAGAGGGCUCAACAGGGCGUCCUCAAGCCCAGGUACAUGCAGUGGAGGGAGACCAUCAGCUCCACGGCGACCCUGGGCUUUCGCAUUGAGGGCAUCAAGAAAGCCGACGGCACUUGCAACACUAACUUUAAGACCACCAAGCUCAAAGAGCAAGUGAUGCGGGCCUUGGAGGACUUUGUGGACGGGAACACUCAGACGCUGAAACUUUACCUGCAGAGGUUGGAGGAACUUCGGUCUGUGUUGGAGCAGUCUGAGUUCUUCAAGACACAUGAGGUGGUCGGCAGCUCGCUGCUGUUUGUGCACGACGCCUCGGGGAAGGCCCAAGUGUGGAUGAUCGACUUCGGGAAGACCGUGCCCCUGCUGUCCCCCAAAACCCUGAACCACCGGACCCCCUGGGAGGAGGGCAACCGAGAAGACGGCUACCUGUGGGGACUGGACAACUUGAUAGACAUCUUCAGCGCCAUGCUUCCACAGUCUCAGACAUCUUGAGCGGGACUUUUUUUUGAUGAAGAAUGCAAGAUUGAACAAAAGUGGAGAAUCUGGACUUCCGCUCCACGCCAACAUGUCUUUUCUGUUGUGCCGUCGCCGGACUUUUACUGCAAAGUGGAAUUUGCCUCUGCUGCAUAGGACUACUUGUCUCCCUCUUGUGGUCAAAGGUGCACAUUACACUGAGAUAAUCUGCACAAAAAUCUUUUCUUGCUGCCUUGGAGGUUCUUGCAUUGAAAUCUGCUGCAACACUAACACGCUGGUCAAAAAACCACGUGUCCAGCAACUUGUGUACAUACAAAUGUAUUUAAUUUUUCUAACCCUUAACUUCUUUGUACAAUACCCGUGCCUGUAAUGUUUUUUAAGUGACAAAUCCAGCUAUUUUUCCUCCCACUAGAAAGAUUUUUAUACAACAAUUAAUGAAAGUGAAAGUAUGGGGUUUUGGUUUUCCAUUAUUCUAAAUGCAAGCAUCCUCAGAAAGCCAUGGAUCAAAACAAGCCGUGCCUCUUUAGUGUGUUUUAAUCACUCAGGUUUACGCGCUCUUAUUGCGGUGUUGCUUAACACUUCCAGUGAAAAGGGUGAUUUAAAACAACAAAUAACUGGAAUAAGUGAGUUUUCUUUGUAUCCUGAUUUUUUUUUUUAUCACUGGAUUUGCUGGGAAAACAGCAACAAUUGCAUAUGGAUUUUAAAUGAAUGGUCAGUGUCUGCUGUUUCCUUGAUUGGAGUCAGUAGAAAUAAUAAUAUCUUCCUUUGACUGUUCACUUGUUCCCCGGAAUGACUUCUAGUUAUCUGUCAAGAGUCAUCCUCACCUCUAAAAAGUCCACCUUGUGUCACACUGAGGCAUGGUGUUGUGUUUACAAAGUCUUACAUGCUACUACUUCUACUCUCAUGCAUGUCUAACAGUUAACAGGGUUUUUGUUUCUUGUUUUUUCCAACUGGGAGCUUUGUUAUGUGAGGAAACUGGAUACAGUUUUAUUGUAUAUUCUGGAAAGGCAUUUUAUGUGGAAAAAGUGCAGCGACGACAAUCACUGGUUACAUUUUGACAUGAAAUCCCUGCUUUGUCAUGAAGGUCGUGGAUUGCAAUAAACUGGAAAUAAGAUUUAUAUAA